CACGAUGUGAAAGUUUAACUGAUGGUGGGGGUAUGUGUACCAUGUGUCCAUGUGUUCUGAUGUAAUCUGGAGAUUCUUAGAUUCUUUGCCCGGACAGUAGAUCAUUUAGCAAUCAGAGCUCGGUUACUUCUACCCAAAUUAUUUGAAUAUAAGCCGACAAAUUUAUAUACUAAAUUAUUAAAUUAAUUAAAUAAUAAUAAGUAAAUAGUAAUUACUGUACAAAAUGGCUUUAGAACCGCUCGGAUUUCAAACAAAUAAAUUUCAACACCUCAAGACAGGAUUCAUUGAUUUUACUGCCGGGUCUUUGGGUGGAAUUGCAUUGGUUUAUGUAGGGCAGCCUCUGGAUACUGUCAAAGUUAAAAUGCAAACAUUCCCUGAUAUGUAUAAGGGCAUGGUCGAUUGUUUCACAAAGACAUUCAAAGCUGAUGGUCUUGCUAGAGGAUUGUAUGCAGGAACAGUUCCAGCAAUUGUGGCAAAUGUUGCUGAAAACUCAGUAUUAUUUGCUGCUUAUGGCGGUUGCCAGACGGCUAUAGCACGACUUACUGGAAAACCGGAUAUCAAAAGUUUGAAUUCUUUUGAUAAUGCCUGUGCUGGUUUUUUCGCUGCAUUUUUUUCUUCUUUAACACUCUGUCCAACUGAGCUCGUUAAAUGUCGGCUGCAAGCUAUGAGAGAAGUCCAGUCACAGCAGGGUAUUGUGACACGUCACAUUGGGCCUUGGACAUUAACUAAAUCAAUUCUAAAUGAAAAUGGAAUAUUGGGACUAUUCCGAGGACUUUCAUCAACAAUAGCAAGAGAAAUGCCCGGUUACUUUUUUUUCUUCGGUGGGUAUGAACUCACAAGAGGAUUUUUAGCUAAACCGGGACAGAGUCGUGAUGAAAUCGGUGCUCUAAAGACGAUGGCUGCUGGUGCCGUUGGUGGGACAGUACUUUGGCUGGUUAUUUUUCCUGCUGACGUUGUUAAAAGCCGCAUUCAAGUACAAAAUUUAAAUGAACCAGCAUUGAGUAUAAUGAAAGAAAUAGUCCGGAAUGAAGGCAUAUCAGCGCUUUACAACGGCCUAAAACCAACUCUCGUACGAACAGUACCAGCAACUGCAACUCUUUUUGUGACAUAUGAAUACACAAAAAAAACACUACAUUCACUUCUCGAUUAACACUAAGACUAUGUAGUUACUGCUAUUUUUUUUUAUUAUUUAUUUUUAUUAAAAUAAAAAAAAGAAAUCAAAUAACUCUACUUAAAAUGAGAAAUAAAAAAAAAAAAAAACAAAUACCUCUACUAUAUAUAAAAACGAACGUUCAACAAUACAAUGUCUUCCUAGCAUUUAUAGAUAAUUAUUAUUAUAAAAACAUUAUCACUAUCUAUUUCACAAAGUCAAAGAUUAAGGUUUUAAAAUGAUAAUACAUUUAUACAUGCGUUAUUUAGACAUAAAUUUAUGAUGUUGAUAUUUUAUUAACACCAUGUUGUAAUAAACACUCUCUUAUAUAAUU